CUGAAUGAAGCAGAGGCGUCAUGUCGCUGCGGUUCACCGAGGAGGAGUUUCGGAGCGCCUGGUCGGAGCUGGAUGAGCCUCAGCUGGACGGAGGAUGGGAGCUCUUCACGGAGACCAUGGGGGUCAAAAUCUACCGGCUCUACGACAAGGAAACUGGACUUUAUGAGUACAAAGUCUUUGGUGUGCUGGCCACCUGCUCUCCAGAGCUGUGUGCAGACGUCUACAUGGACCUGGCGUAUCGAAAAACAUGGGACAGCUACGUCAAAGAGCUCUAUGAGAAAGACUUCGAUGGACAGACGGCGAUCUACUGGGAAGUCAUCUACCCGUUUCCUCUGUCUAACAGAGACUACUUAUAUGUGAGGGAGCGCAGAGACCUGGACCUGGACGGCAGGAGGAUCUGGGUGAUCUUGGCCAAAAGUUCUCCAGAGACCGCGUGCCCGGAGAGGAAAGGAGUCCAGAGAGUCAAAGACUACAAGCAGAGCGUGGCCAUGGAGAGCGAUGGAGGCUGUGGGACUAAAGUCUUCAUGAACUACUUUGACAACCCUGGAGGGCUGAUUCCUAACUGGCUGGUGAACUGGGCAGCAAAGACCGGAGUUCCUGCGUUCCUGACCAACAUGCAGAAAGCCUGCAGCAGCUACAGCGCUUACUGUCAGGAGAAAUGAGCCGACGGGGCGAUGGAGGCGGCGCGAGGGCUCCUUCUGGUUUUUCCUGUUUGGAGAUGUUCUUUAACGGGACGGUCUCGGGUAAACGCGGUGCUGUACGGGCCGCCGCUCGUCUUUGGAGCAUGUUGUUGACUCAGGCAUGAUCUGCAUGACCGGCCGGCCGGAGAGAAAUAAACCUCAUAUCCUCAAUGUGCAAUCACUGCAAGGUUUAAGACAUUUUAGUGGAAGUGACAUUUAAUGAAAAGAAAAAUACAAAUUUACUGUAACUACGGAAGCCCAGAGGGGUGAGUGAGAAAAAAAAUGAAUGCAGCUGUAGUUCCUUUUCUUCAGCCCAGAGUUUUUAUUUCAGCUUUUCUGUAAGAGAAAUGCAAGAAUGUUUUUUCAUCGUCUACAUCAGAAACUACGAGGGCGUUUUAGGGCCACUGUAGAAAGAUAAAUCAGAAUGGGUCCUUCAGUUUUAAGAAAUAAAAUCUCUAAAUAUUGAGUUUAUUAAGUUAAAACUAUGAGGCACCAAACUAAGAAUUUACAUGUUGUAGAAGUUUAAAUUUGACUUUAUUAGAGUCACAAAUUUGGAGCUAGAAACUCCAAACUGUGGUGAAGUCAGAGCUUCUUCAUAGAUGCUGUCAGAGUUUUAGCCUCAGUUUAACCAACCUGUGUCCGUCUGUGUUUAAACUUCUGUGAGGAUUCUACAUCAUAAAGAUUUAUGAUCAGUGACAGUAAAAGUUAUAGUUUAACCCGGCUUUAAUCAGGUUUAAACAGCUUCACACAAGAUUAUUUUAUUCCAGAUAAAAUCUGUUUUUACUUUCAAAUUCCCAGUAUUUCAAGAUCAGUUUUUUGUAAAUUGAAGACUUGUAACUAUACUGAUUUUUAAGUUUGACAAUUUUUAGUUUUUCAAUUUUGACUUUUUAACCAAUUUUUUUGUUCUUUAAAUUUCUGACUUUUUAAACUUUGAAAGUCUGACUUUUUAAAUGGUAAAUUGACAAAUUUUUAACCUUGAAAAUUUCACUUAUUUUAAUGUGUAUUUACAACUUUUUUUAAACUCAAAUUAUUUUUUCCCAUAAGUUUCUGACUUUAACUGAAAAAAUGCUGGAGUUUUUUUUUUUUUAAGUUUAGGAUAUUAUAUAUUUUGUAAACAUUUUUUCAUGAAUUUCUAACUUAAACUAAAAAAAAAUCUUAGAGUGUUAUGUUGUGAAUUUAAGCCUUUAUAAUCAUGAAAAAAAAACCAUUUUCUUCAUUUUUAUUCCUUCAUUUCUUUUAUUUUUUUUAGAGUGGUUCUGGUACAUUUGUGAGAAAAUAAUGAACAAAAAGAGAUAAAUGUUUUCUCAGGCCUCUUGGGGCCUCCAGACGAUCUGUCCCUGCAUGUUGAACUGCUGUUUUUGUUUUUGUAAUCUCUGGACUUCUGUGAAUUUUUCUGUUGUUCAUUUUUCAUCACUUGCCCUCUCAGGCUUCCGUAGAUUUCAGCCCUAUUUGGUGAAUUUCAGUUUUUGGCAAUGAUUUAAUCUGACCUGGUUUUAAAUCUGCUGAAGGUUUUAAAUGUUCUGAAUGAAAUAUUUUCUGAAUUAUGUUUACACUGGCGUCUCCUACGUCUGCCUACGUUCACUUUAACCACUUCUCUGUAAUAACGAAGUGAAAAUCUGAGAUUUUAGAGCAAUGAUGUCUGUUUUAUGUUUAAUAGCUGGUGUAAAUAUGCUGAAGCGUACAGUAUGUCAGAUCAUACUGUAGAGAUUUACCUCUUUACCUCUGCUGGAUGUGAUUUAUGUCGUCAUGAAUUAUUACUGUGUAAUA